CAAAUUGCCAGCAGUCAGUCGCUUGCAAGUGGCUCUUUUAGCUGCUCGAGUGUCGGUAGGGCGAAGCUCGCCCAAAAGCUCCACAUCGGGCGACUGACUCCGAGCUCUCGUUCCAUCUUCUCCUGUUUCUGAACUCUGGUCUGUCUGUCCUUGUCCGGAUCUGAGCACCAGCGGCGAAACUUCGCUUCCAUUUUGCUCCUAUCUUGAUAUUGCCAAGCAGAUCUCUCGCGUCUUCUCAUUGUUAUUGUGGCUGAAGUAGCCUGUUGUUUGCUCCCGCUUUCCCUUUCUGCUUUUGCGUGUGGUGGGAGGAAUUUGGUGCGCAAUGGCGGUGGAUGCCAGGCAAGUGCUCGCCGGAUUCCUCACCAUGGCCAUGUUUAUCAUGCUCGGCAACAUGAUCAAGAGAGACCAUUUUGAUUCCGUUACGGUAACUGUGCAAGAAACAUCAAUCAUACAAUUUGAUGCAUUAAAGGAAGAACAGAAGUCUCUGAACCAAGCCUCUACCGAGAGCAUCCAAGAACUUAAACCUUGCUGGGCCAAGCCAGUUUCAAAAGAAGUAGAGCAGUCUAAAGGUUACAUUACAUUUUCCUUAACUGGAGGUCCUGAGCACCAUAUCUCACAGGUCACUGAUGCAGUUGUUAUAGUGAGGUAUUUGGAUGCUACCCUAGUGCUUCCUGACAUCAGAGGAAGUGAGCUUGGUCAAAAAAGGAAUUUUGAAGAUAUGUAUGAUGCUGAUAAGUUCAUUGCAAGCUUGGAUGGUGUUAUAAAAGUAGCAAGGGAGCUUCCUGCUGAAUUAACUGCUGAAAGUCCAUCUGUUGUCAAAGUACCCAAUAGGGUUUCAAGAGAAUACAUAGCCAACAAUGUUGAACCAAUCUUCCAAAGAAAUAGUUAUUUGAGACUUACAAGUGUCUUCCCAAAAAUCAAUUUGAAAGGAAAUGGCAAACCAAUUACCGAUUUGGAUUCAACUGCUUGCUUGGCUAUGUUUGGAAGCCUUGAAAUGAAGCGUGAGAUCUUGGAAGUGGCUGAACGAAUGGUUGAGAGACUAAAAAUACUUAGUCGCAAUACCGGAAGUCAAUUUAUUGCAAUUGACCUCAGGGUUGAUGUGCUAGAGAAAAAAGGCUGUAAAGAAAAAGGAAAUGGGAAAAAGCCUUGUUACUCUCCUCUGGAGAUCAGAGACUUUUUAAGAAAAGUUGGUUUCAAUGCAGACAGCACAAUUUACCUUACUGAGACUUGGUGGCACGAAAGUCUCAACCCCUUGAAGGAGAUGUUUCCAAAAACUUAUACGAAGGAUGAUCUAAUACCUGCAGAAAAGAAAGGUCAAUUUCUCCAACCAGGAGCUGCAGAACUACAGCGAGCUCUCGACUUCCAAAUAUGUUCCAAAAGUGAUGUGUUUGUGCCGGCCAUCUCUGGUCUGUUCUAUGGGAAUGUAGCCGGAAAAAGAAUAGCUUCAGGCCGCACGCAAAUACUUGUUCCAUCCAAGGUUUCCAGUUCCUCUCCCGUUGCAACUGAUUUCAUCUCAACUUACGUAUCCAAGAAGAACCAUCUUGCAUAUUCAUGUUUCUGUUAGUUAUUUGGAGCAAGAACUUCUGAAGCAGCAGAGAGCUUGUUCUGGAAUCGCUUCUAAUUAGCUUUUCUUCUUCGCAAUGUGAUUUUGGUCCUGAAAGGCAGAGUGAAUUGUGUUAUUUAAUGCAACUGCCACACUAUUCGUGUCGACUAUGUAAAAUAAAAGGUCAUAGAGUUGUUUCGAUCAAAUUUAAAAUUACAAGUUAUCAAAUGGGAACAUUCAACUUUAUCGAGUUUUAGAAAAUAUUUAUCAUUUUUUAUUUUAA